UCCUGGCAAAUGGAGGCAACAUGGCUGACCAGAAGUAUAACGUUCGUGUCGAAGAAAGGUUGAGGAUUAAAAUCGGUGAAGCAAAGAACUUGCCAGGUCGAAAUCACAAUGCAGCAAGUGUCAGAGAUAUCUUCUGUGUACUGUCACUGGAUCAGGAGGAGAUCUUUCGUACCUCUACAAUUGAAAGAACACUUAAGUGAGUAAGCUUGUGUUAG